GCUGUGCUUCUGUUCUUCUCAGCUGAUUUGUGUUUGAAAGUGAGCUCUAAGAUUCAUUUUAAAUAAAACUGCUUGCUCCAUGGUGUGUGUGUGUGUGUGUGUGUGUGUGUGUGUGUGUGUGUGUGUGUGUGUGUGUGUGUGUGUGUGUGCGCUCGUACAGUGAACACACUGUAUCCCAAUCUGUGACUGACGGAAUCUCUGCAGUUGAAAUGUUUUCAUAAUUUGAGAUGUUUAAAUUUAAUGGAUGGGGGGGGACCUGCUUUAAUCUCAUAACAUCACUGCGUUUAAACACAGAACGUUUUACAGAAACACAGAAAGUUUAUAUUGUUUGUUUUUUCAAUUAUUCUAUUUUUAUUUUUAUUUAUUGCAUUGCCUGUUUGCACCGUGGGUCAGAGAGGACUGAAAUUUUAUCUGUACUGUAUGUCGAGCAUGUAUAGCAUAUUUGACAAUAAAGUUGACUUGACUUGAAACGUGUAGAAAUCAUUUAAAGGAAUGACACACAGACUUUCCAACAGUUUGUUCCAAACACUCACAUGGUAUCACUAUGAAGUGUUCUGGCAGGAUUUUCUCAGAGCUGUUCCAACAUGUCUACACACACACACACACACACACACACACACACACACACACACACACACACACUAGGAAAACGUGGGAAACAGCCUGUAGUCUCAUGUGACCUCAUGUAAGAGCAGAUUCAGAAUCAGAAUUAGAAUCGAUUUAAGGACGUACUUGGCAAUAAACUCGAUUGUGAUUCACAGAGAGAGAGAGAGAGAGAGAGAGAGAGAGAGCUGGGAAAAGCAGGGCAAUGCUCAGUGAAUGGUUUUGGUGGGAUCAUUUAUGGUUGCCUGGCAACGUCACAUGGGCGGAUCUGCAGGAUAAAGAAGGCCGGGUUUACGCUCACGUUUCUCAUCUGUAUCUGACUUUACCCAUCAUUGCACUGCUACUGGGCCUCAGAGUCCUGUACGAGAGACUCAUUGCUCCGCCCAUCGCUACAGCCCUUGGAGUAAAAGAAAAAGUCCGCCUGAAAGCCUCAAAUAAUCCCACACUGGAAGUAUACUAUAACAAACACUCUAAACAUCCAUCACAGUUUGAGGUUAGUGGGCUCAGUAAGAAGUUGAGCUGCUCAGAGCAUGAGGUUGAACGUUGGUUUCGGAGACGGAGAAAUCAGGACAGACCUGGAGUAUUGAAGAAGUUUCGAGAAGCCAGCUGGAGGUUCGUGUUUUAUCUCUGCGCUUUCCUUGGAGGUCUCGUGGCUUUACAUGAUAAGCCGUGGUUUUAUGAUUUGCAUGAGGUGUGGGCUGGAUUUCCCAAACAGACACUGCUGGACUCUCAAUACUGGUAUUAUAUGAUUGAGAUGAGUUUUUACAGCUCCCUGUUAGUCAGUGUGGCUGUGGAUGUCAAACGUAAGGAUUUUAAAGAGCAGUUGAUUCAUCACUGGGCCACUUUAACACUGCUGUUCUUCUCCUGGUGCGCAAACUACAUCCGUAUCGGGACGUUGAUCAUGCUGGUGCACGACGCCGCUGACUUUUUAUUGGAGUUGGGGAAGAUGUUUAACUACGCAGGAUGGACAUGGACUUGUAACACCAUCUUCAUUUUCUUCACGAUGGUCUUCAUGGUCACCAGGCUGGUCAUCUUCCCAUUUUGGUUGAUCCACUGUGCGUGCAUUUAUCCUCUGGAACAGUUUCAGCCAUUUUUUGGAUAUUAUUUCUUGAACAGCCUGCUGGUGAUCCUGCUGCUGCUGCACAUGUUCUGGGCGUCGCUCAUCAUGCGCAUGGUUUACAAACUCAUGUUUGCUGAAAUGAAAGGUGAUGAAAGAAGUGAUGAGGAAGAGGAGGAGGGUCCUGAGGAGACUGAAGCACAAAACCUCAAGCAUACACAUAACGGAUUAUCUCACAGUCACUGAACAAAACCGGACGCUUGGACUGCGAGGACAUAUGAGGACGUCGAUUUAGCUUUAUGUCCAUAUUGGGUGCAAAAACCUUUUGCAAAAUGACUCAGGACAUUCAGAGGCAUUAAUUUUAGACAUAUAUUCUUUGGAAAAGGUUUAAACUCAGAAAAGGGUUAAAGACUCUUCUCUUUGGAGUGGAUCUGCAUCAUGUGGAUUUGUGUGUGACUGGCCGUUAUGUGAUGGUGAAAUUUUAAUAAACUAUUAAGUAAUAAAUUAUUUAGAAUCAUGUAUAAUCAGGUAUCAUGUAGUGCAGUCAUUUUAAAAAAGCAUGAAUAAAUAAAUAACUAAAUAAAUGUAAAAAACAAACAAAAUAAAUUCCUGAAUAAAUAA